UUUUAAAUUUCUCUGGUUUUCAAGCUUUUAUAUAUGAUACUAAGCCAAGAACUAAGUACUGUGUUAGACUGAUUAUUAAGGAAUAUCAGACUUUCCUUUCUACUGCUGUGUAAGCAUCUUUUAUCUCUAUUAGCCACAAAACCAUUUACAUUCACAGGUUAACCUAACAUUUUCUCUUCUUGUAUCAGUUAUGUUUGUGAUUUUUUAAUGAAAAUUCUCAUUUCAACUUGCUACAAAAGGCAGACAAUUCACAUUAAAUGACAAGUGAACUUUUAUUUUUAUACUUAAUUGAAACGAAAGUAGGUCUCACUGUAUUUUGUAACCAAAUAAGUCCAAUUUUUAUAGAUUAUUGCCAAUUGGCUUGAAGAGUGUUGAUAACAUUUAUUAUUUGAAAUUUUCAGAUACUUAUCCUUUCCUCUGUCAAAUAAAAUUAUUUUUUGUUGAGAAGAUUUUCCUCUUUCACUAUUCACACUCCAACCACAUGGCAUUAGUUGGAACUUUGUUCUUUUUCUUUCUUUUUAAAUUUUAUUUUAAAUUUUUUCUUGUUUUAUUGUGUUUUGUAAUUUUUUUAUUUGUUCUUCUUAGAUAUACAUGACAGUAGAGUAUAUUUUGUAGUUUUUCAAUUCCCAGGACUCCAUAGGCCAGAAAAUGUAAUCCAGAAUAGACUCCUGUCUAGUGCAAAAGGUCAAAACACUUCCCCCAGAAAGUAUAUUUUUUUUACUUUUUUGUCUUUAUUGUCUUUUUCAAGUUUGUAGAAAAGACGUUGCCUGAAGUCUGAGAUUACACUGUUUCAAGUAAAACGAGUGGGUAUUUUCUCUUUAGUUCACUGGGCAUUACAUCCAGUGGGUUUAUGAGGGGAAAAAAGCCCAGAACCUAUUUAAGCCUAGGACUGAGAAGAAAACACAUUUUAAUUUUUUUCAUGAGUUAUAGUUACUUUGCAAUUUAGGAACAGAAAUCAGAUUUUAAAAAUCAUAAUUUUGCCUAAUUAAAUGAACAAAUUAAUAUCUGUAAUAGAAAUAAACUCCACAAGACAAAAAAAAUUGUUUCAUUUACUGUUGAUCCUUAGAAGCUAAAAGAUUGCCUGCACAGGUAAAUAUUUGUUAAAUGAAUUUGCCUCAGCAGAGUUUGUUUACUGGAUUUUAUCUUACUUAGGACUAUAUAUUACUUUUGUUUUUAUAACUAUUGUUAGCUACUUGAAUAAUACUGCAAAAUGGGUUCAGGAAAGGGGAUUGUAUAAACACUAUGACCUACAAUUUAUGGUAGCUCUUGCUAUGUAUAAAAAAUUAUCUGAAUUUGUAAAGCAGAACGCUUGGUGGCGCUGCAGGCUAAGAGAGUGAAAAACUGCAGUCAGUGACUCCUUGAAAACUGAACAGUUUCCGGCAGUUUAAAAAGGAACCGUGUUACAUUUCUAGGGGUAGAAUAUUUCAAAGAAGCAGCUCCCCCUAUGUCAAUCGUGUUUUUUUUAAAAAAAGAUUAACUUGACAUUAUUAAGUCUAGAUAGCGGAGUUGGAUACAAAUCAAUUAUUGUGUAUUAAAAUACUGCAUCUUUUGGACCUGAAGGAACAAUGGAGUCUCCGCUCUCCAAAGCGCCUCAGAAAAGGCAAGUGACCAUCUUUAUUUUCUUGUUUCUACUGUGGGAGGUGGGCAGUGUAACCGUUAAGUAUUCCAUUCUAGAAGAAAGAGACAGCGGUUCUUUUGUGUCCAACCUAGAAAACGAUCUAGGGCUGGGCAUAGGGGAGCUAGCCAAGAGGAGAGCCCAGAUUCUUUCCCAAGGGAACAGACAGCACUUAGAGCUUGAACAAAAGAGUGGGAAUUUGCUCCUAAAAGAAAAAUUGGAUCGAGAGGAGUUGUGCGGGGACACAGAUCCAUGUAUACUGCAUUUCCAGGUGUUAGUGAAAAACCCGGUGCAGUUUAUUCAAGGUGAACUACACCUCCAAGAUGUAAAUGACCAUGCCCCAGAAUUCUUGGGAAAGGAAAUCCUCCUUAAAAUCGCGGAAAGCAGCCAACCAGGGACUCUGUUUCCUUUGGAAAUAGCUCAAGAUUUGGACGUUGGUAACAACACAGUUCAGAACUACAUAAUUAGCAGCAACUCCCAUUUUCACCUUCUCACUCGCAGUCACAGCGACGGCAGGAAAUAUCCCGAGCUGGUGCUGGAGAAAGCCCUGGACCGAGAGGAGCAACCCGAGUUCAGGUUAACCCUCACAGCUCUGGAUGGUGGGUCUCCGCCCAGAACUGGAACUUGCCAGGUUCUCAUCCUGGUUCUGGACAUCAAUGACAAUGCCCCUGAAUUUGCUCAAGGACUCUACCAGGUGCAGGUCCCAGAGAACAGCCCUGUAGGUUCCCUUGUCAUAAUCGUCACCGCUAGAGAUUUAGAUGCUGGGAUCUAUGGGGAGCUCACCUACUCAUUUUUCCAAUCACCAAAUCAAGUCAUUCAGGCCUUUGAAAUAAAUAAAGACUCAGGAGAAAUUAGAUUAAAAAAACUGUUGGAUUUUGAAGAAAUUGACUCUUACCACAUAGAAAUUGAGGCCUCAGAUGGUGGAGGUCUUUCAGGAAAAUGCACUGUCGACAUAGAAGUGAUGGAUGUAAAUGACAACGCCCCUGAACUGGCUAUGUCAUUACUUAUCAAUGAUAUCCCAGAAAAUUCCCCAGAAACUGUAGUUGCUAUUUUCAGAAUUUCAGAUCCAGACUCUAAAGACAACGGAAAAAUGAUGUGUUCCAUUCAAGACCAUCUACCCUUUAUUCUGAAACCCACAGUAGAAAACUUCUACACUUUGGUCACAGAAGGAGCGCUGGACAGAGAAACCAGAGCCCAGUACAACAUCGUCAUCACCGUCACCGACUUCGGGACACCCAGGCUGAAAACCGAGCACAACAUAACUGUCCUCAUCUCCGACGUCAACGACAACGCCCCUGCCUUCUCCCAAACGUCAUACACACUGUUGGUGCAUGAGAACAACCAACUCGCCCUGCACAUAGGCAGCAUCAGUGCCACAGACAGAGACUCAGGCACCAACGCCCAGAUCACUUACUCACUGCUGCCAAAACAGGACCCGCACCUGCCCCUCGCCUCGCUGGUUUCCAUCAACGCAGACAAUGGGCAGCUGUUCGCGCUGAGGGCGCUGGACUUCGAGGCCCUGCAGGCAUUCGAGUUCCGCGUGGGCGCCACAGACCAAGGCUCGCCCGCGCUCAGCAGCCAGGCGCUGGUGCGAGUGGUGGUGCUGGACGAAAAUGACAACCCGCCCUUCCUGCUGUACCCAAUGCAGAACGCCUCUGCGCCCUGCACCGAACUGGUACCCAGGGCGGCAGAGCAGGGCUACCUGGUCACCAAGGUGGUGGCGGUAGACAGAGACUCAGGCCAGAACGCCUGGCUGUCAUACCAGCUGCUCAAGGCCACGGAGCCAGGGCUGUUUGGCGUGUGGGCGCACAAUGGCGAGGUGCGCACAGCCAGGCUGCUGAGCGAGCGCGACGCGGCCAGGCACAGACUGGUGGUGCUGGUCAAGGACAAUGGCGAGCCUCCGCUGUCUGCCAGCGUCACGCUGCACGUGCUUCUGGUGGAUGGCUUCUCCCAGCCCUACCUGCCGCUCCCGGAAGUGGCGCCCGAGCGCGCGCAGGGGGACUCGCUCACUGUCUACUUGGUCAUCGCCUUGGCGUCGGUGUCAUCGCUCUUCCUCUUCUCUGUGCUGGUGUUUGUGGCGGUGAAGCUGUGCAGGAGGCGCAGGGCGGAGCCCUUGGGUGUCUGCUCUGUGCCUGAGGGCCAGUUAUCUGGCCACCUGGUAGAUGUCAGUGGCACCGGGACCCUGUCUCAGAAUUAUCGAUAUGAAGUUUACCUGGCGGGAAGCUCUGAGACUAGUGAGUUCCAAGUUCUUAAACCAAUGCUCCCCAACUUACUGGGUGAAGGUGCUGAUAAGAAUACCGAAGAAAACCGUAACUUGAGGAAUCAUUUUGGGUUCAAUUAGGAAUGUGAUUUUGACAAUAUGAGAUAAAUUAUUAUAUUCACUAGUCUUGUAAAUUCUUUACCCUUUCAUUCACGUAAAGAAAGUACUAAAGUGUGGUAGUAAUUAUUGUAUAUAUAAGAAUUUCAACCUGUAGUACUAUUUUUUCAUUGUUUCCAUUUCUUAGGUAUCUCACAUAAUGCACGUGGACACAAUAGCAGAGAAAUCAAGUGGUGUUUUUUCUUUUGGUCCUGUUUUUGUAAGUCACAUAUAUUUUCAGGUUUAAUUUUCAACUUAUUCGUUGGUACCUUUUAUGAUUAAUAUAAUCAUUCUCCAAACUUACUGAUUACCCACAGGAAUUAUUUGUAAUUAAUGUCUCUUAGUUUUUUAAAAAAAUAGUUUUCAUUUAUGCAAUAAAUUUAAGUGACUUUAUAAA